UGUAACUCACCCACUCUCUCUCUCUAUAUUAAGUUUUCAUUUUCCAGAUAUGGAACGGCCGCCUCUACCUCCUCGAUAACUGAGUCGACUCGGUUUGCCCUCCUUUGGUUAUCGUGAAGACUCCACCGAGCUCUGAAUUAAAUCCCAGCAAUAUUUCAGUCGGUGUUCUCGGGAUAACCUCAUUUCCCGGUUUAACCAGUCUAGAAAUUAGUCUUUGUUGUUGUUUUCCCAAAGCCACUGCCAGCAAGAAGCUAGAUUUGUCUUUAAUAUAAUCAUCAAACAGCAUAGAUAGAACAAACGUACUUGUUCUCUUUUGAGAUUGAAAGCUACCAAAAUGGGUGACCUUGACAACUCUUCAUCCCUAGUUGAUUCUACCGCUUCAGGCGAUGCUACCUUUUCUGAGCCUCCGGCCAAGAAGAAGAGGAAUCUUCCCGGAAUGCCAGAUCCUGAAGCGGAGGUCAUCGCUCUGUCGCCGACAACUCUGAUGGCGACCAACCGUUUUGUGUGCGAGAUCUGCAACAAAGGGUUCCAGCGCGACCAGAACCUCCAGCUCCACCGGCGAGGCCACAACCUGCCGUGGAAGCUGAAGCAGCGAACCACGACUGAGGUCAGGAAGCGGGUUUACGUCUGCCCCGAGACGUCGUGCGUGCACCACAACCCAACCCGAGCCCUCGGCGAUCUAACCGGGAUCAAGAAGCACUUCUGCAGAAAGCACGGCGAGAAGAAGUGGAAGUGCGAGCGGUGCUCCAAGAAGUACGCGGUGCAGUCUGAUUGGAAGGCUCACAUGAAGACCUGUGGAACCAGAGAGUACAAAUGUGACUGUGGAACUUUGUUCGCUAGGAGGGAUAGCUUCAUAACGCACAGGGCUUUCUGUGACGCCUUGGCCGAGGAGAGUGCCAAGAACCAAACCCUAGGAGGCUCGCAGCAGCUGGGAAAUCCUAAUCCAAACCCGGAUGCCGGAAAGGCGGUUCUGGUGGCGUCGCCGCCUCUGCCGCCUCUCACACCUUCCAAUAAUGUGGUUUCUCCAGCUCUAUCCAUUCAAAGCUCAGAAUUCCCAGCUGAAAACCCAGUAAGACUGUCGCCACCACCGGCGGCAACUACAUGCUUAACGAGUAUCGCCACGGCGAUUAGCACCACCGCCACCACCACCACCACUUCAACUGGAAAUUGCAGCAACACUUGUACUAGUGUAUUUGCUAGUAUAUUUGCUCCUUCCAGUACCACCUCACAGACACCAGCAGCUGCUAACUCCGCGUACAGUUCGGCAAUCCCAUCAGUCAUGGAACCAACGUCUCUCUCACUGUCCACUUCUCUGUACCUAUCCAACAAUGGCUCCUCGCUCUUCCCAGCAACCGAUCACCAAGGCCAACACCAGUAUGUAGCUUCUCCUCAGGCCCCAGCCAUGUCCGCCACCGCGUUGCUCCAAAAGGCAGCCCAAAUGGGGCCAGCUGCAACAAGUGGGUCUUUUCUUCAUGGCUUUGGCUUGGCCACGUCGUCAUCGCCGCCCCAGGCGCAGGAUAACACUGCCUCUUUGCAGUGGAGCAACAACAGAGGUGGUAGUGCCGCCGCCACAGUGGCAGCUGGGCUUGGAGCAGCAAAUUCUGCCCUAUUGACUGAUCUCAUGAUGGGCCCUCCUUUGCCGUUUGGGAGUCAUCAUCAGCCCAUGACCCGUGACCUUCUUGGGCUGGGCAUAGGUGCUAACGGCGACGGCAGCAGUGCUUCGUCGGCCGGAAUUGAUGCUUUGCUCAAUUCAUUCGGAGGUGGCGGAGGUUAUGCUGCGUAUGCAAGGGGAGAAGAGUCGUCAUGGGAUGGUGCGCAAGAUAUGAAGCCUAAUGCUUCUAAUGGUCCGACAUUGCUCUAAGUCGAGAGUCGAGACACAUAUAUUAGUUCGUUCAUCUCAGAUCAAUCAAAGAGCGAGCUUCGGUAUCUUGUUUUCCGACAGAUGAUGCUUUUAUGUUGUUGCAAAAGGUCUUCCCUAGGCAAAAUUGGAUCGAUUCAAGUCCGGGAAAGCUGUGUAUAGGGCAUAAUGUACGAAGUAGCAUAGCUUUAGCAAGCGCAUCACAGUUUAGCUUAGGGUAAAAAUGUAAGUGAAACUUGGAUCUAGCUAUUAGUACUUUUGGUUACACUGGUACAACCAGUUCAACUACGUACGCAAGAGUGAGUGGUGAUC